AUGUCGACUCCCGAGGUGACCGCCAGCGCCGAGCGUGAUGGAUCGUACGUCAUCCGGGUUAAACUCCCCGGCGUCACGUCCGCCAAGGAGGUCAGCGCGGUCGUGGAGGACGACCCGGCGAACGGCGGAUGUCGCCUGGAGGUCGUCUCCCCGCCCGAGGCGCACAGGGUGCCCAGAUACCGGCUGUCGCACCCCGUGCCGUUCGUCGCCCUGGAGGGAACCUCCCCAGACGUCAAGUUCGGGAAGAAGACGGCGACGCUGACGGUGACGUUCGAGCGAAUCGACGAGGUUCGCGUGCCGGGGCUCGAACACUUCGAGACGAACGACGCGCUGUACCUCGCGACGCAUCCGACAAAGGGAAGGUGCGUCCGCGCGAGGCGCGAGAUCAAACCCGGGGAGACGAUCCUUCGCUGCGAUCCCUUCGUGCACGUGGUUCACGACCGACGUAGGGAGGAUCACUGCGCCGGGUGCUUCAAGACGCUCCAGAGUUCAUGCGUGGAGUGCGGAGACUUCUGCGGAGUGAAGUACUGCGCCGACGACUGCCGCGAGAGCGACGUCGCCCACGUCGCCGAGUGUUCCAUGGUUCGAACGAACGCGGGAACCGGCGCGGACCUGCGCGGCGCGCGCAUGUGCCUGCGAUUGAUCCACAAACGGCAAACGGAUCCCGCGCGAUUCGCCGAGGUCAUGGCCGCGCUUCGAUGCGAGAAAAAAUCACCGUCGCCGGCGGCGACAAAACUGGCCUCCGCGGUGCGUCACGCGGCGGCAUUGGACCCGUCGGAGGUGGAGGACAUGCUGGGCAAAACGCGGGAGAACUCGCACGGCGUGGUGGACUGGAAGCUGCGGCAGUUGGGCACGGGGAUAUACCCCGAGGCUUCCAUGUUUAAUCACUCCUGCGCGCCAAACGCGGCGGUGUCCUUCGGAGCCGGCGGGACUCUCAACACGUGCUGCAUAGGCGUGGACGACUACGAAGCGCGCGCGAUGGAGGUUGGACCGAAAGGGUACGUGCCCCUCGGUCGGCCGCGGGCUAUUCGGAAGGGCGAGGAGGUUUGCAUCGCGUACACGGAGCUGUACAGACCGGCGGCGAGCAGAAGGCUGACGCUGGAAAAGUCCAAGGGUUUCGUCUGCGAGUGCGUUCGAUGCGCGAACGCGUCGGUUUUAAGAGCGUUGGAUACCGAGCUUCACGCCGCGACGGACGGUAACGAAGAGGUUGCCGACGAAAAGGCGAAGGAGUGGGAAGAUGGCAUCGACGCGUCCAGGGCUGCGUACGCGAUCGGGGAUUUUAAAGGCGCCGUCGAAUCCGCCGAGCGGGUGCUCGAGUCGAGCGACGGGGUGCUUCGCGACGGACACUUUUUACGGCUCGAGGCCAGACUGGCCGCCAUAGAGGCGCACAUCGAGAUGGCUUCUCGGUCCGACCAAAAAUGCAAGGCGCCGGGCUGGCGGAAAGUGUGCGACCUGUGCGUGCCCACGCUGCAGCACUUGAUGACCCACCUGCCGUUCUAUCAUCCGGGCACGGUGGAAAUAACGAAACACUUUGGAUUGGCGAUGCUCAUGGUGUCGGCGGAGCUGGCAGAUGGGCAGCCCGAUUACCGCGUACGCAGGGACCUCGAUUACUAUAGGAACCACGAUUCCGACGUAAUCUCACUACCAAAUCACAACCUCGUUAAGUUGUGGAUCAAUUCGACGAGCGCGUUCAUCACGCACGGGACUGUAGCGCAGAAGGUGUAUGGAGUGACACCGUUCAGAGUUUUGUCGGGUCUCAACGCGCCAGAUGAUAGGAUGCACUACAUGAAACGCGUCGGAGGAGACGAAUACAACAUAGCCGCAAUCAUCAAGGAGACAACAAACGCGGGCUAUGGCGAGAAGGUCCGGGUUGACUACGCAUUCAUGGAUGGAUCGCUGCCGCCUUUGCCCAAGAGUUUCUCCAACUUCAGAGCCCCACUAUCUGCGCAGAUGAGCCCGGUCGACCAGGCCGCCAACAUAAGGGCUUACGGUAAGCUGUACAACAUGGAACCCAAGUGGAUCAAACAUAUGUUGGAGGAUCUUGAAGAGUAUCACGAGAUGGUGGCCAGUGAGAUGCUGCUCCGUGAAAUCAGGGGCAUGCACUAA